AUGGUGGGGUGUGUUUACAAGGUUAUCUCGAAGGUCUUAGUGAGGAGGAUGCGAUCACUGAUGCCAGCAUUAGUAAGGGAGACUCAGAGUGCAUUUGUAAAGGGAAGGAAAAUUCAUGACGGAGCACUUAUUGCAUGUGAAACGAUGGGGUUCGGACAGGUUUGGAGAGCAUGGGUUAUGGAGUGUGUGACCACGGCUUCUAUGUCAGUUUUGAUAAAUGGCUCGCCAUCUAAGCCAUUCAAAAUAGUUGUGGAUGUACUGCAUCGUAUGAUUGGAGAGGCAGUUAGGAAUAGACGCAUAUCACCUUUGUUGGUUGGUAGAGACAACAUAGAGUUGUCACACCUUCAGUUCGCCGAUGAUACCAUCCUUUUCUGCCCACCAAAGGAGGAGACUAUUAAGAAUUACAAACGGUUGCUGAGGUGCUUUGACUUGAUGUCAGGGCUUAGUAUCAAUUUUGAAAAGUCCAGCUUGAUUCCAGUGAAUUGUGAGGAGCAGUGGGCCCAGCGUAUGUGUAAUGUGUUGGGAUGCAAGAAGGACACUCUUCCAGUUAAAUACCUCGGAAUCUCCUUAGGAGCAAAUCCGAGAUUGGUGAAGACCUGGAAGCCUAUCAUAGACAAAGUGGAGGAGAAGCUCAGUCUGUGA